GGCGGGAGGGGAGACAGCAUCUUACCCUUUGCCGCAUGACAGUAGUAGUAUUUGACUCUGCAAGAAAGGAAAGCCAUAUAAUAAAAUCAUUAUCAAUGAAUGAUACAAGCAAGGGAAGGGGGCGAGGGCAGGUAGGUACUCUUCUACUGUAGCAGGAGUAGAUUGCUGGCUGGUUGCAUCCAUGAUCCAUCUUCUUUUGAUGUGAUUACAAGAGGUGAGAAAAAGCCUCCAUUCAUCCCGCCAUGACCAUGAGCAGUUGAGAAGACCUCUAUUAGCUGCCUGCUGGUGUCCUCCAUCUCCAUCUCCUCUCUUCUCUGCUCGCAGCAGCAGCAGGAGGCUCCCCAAUCAAAUCAAAUCAAUCUCUCAAGGAAGAAGCUAGGUGCUCUCGUCUCGAUCCAAAGCUCUCAUCUUUUCUUUCUUUUGUGGAGUACUACAUGCACGCAUGUAAGUCGGUCGAUCUUGUUGUUGCUUGCUUGCUUGAGGACCAAGGAGUCCUGUCUGUCGGUGCCACCUGCUGCAGCUUAGACAGGGGAUCGGUAGGAGUAGAUCGAUCGAGCAGCAGUGGUACGUGUUGGUUGAUGGAGAGCCUCCGGUGGGUGUUGUGGGUGAUCCUGAUGGCAGUAGGUGGAGUAUUGGGGGUGGAGGCAAGGGCAAGAAGGCCAGGCAACGUGACCAUCGGAGCUCUCAUCACCUUCGAUUCCGUCAUCGGGAGGUCAGCCAAGACCGCCAUCGAGCUGGCCGUCGCCGACGUCAACCGCGACGGCAGCGUGCUCAACGGGACGUACUUCAGCGUCGUGGAGCAGGACACCAAGUGCAGCGGAUUCAUCGGCAUCAUCCAAGGGCUGCAGCUGAUGGAGAAGAAGGUGGUGGCGGUGGUGGGCCCACAGUCGUCGGGGAUCGCCCACGUGGUGUCGCACGUCGUCGACGAGCUGCACAUCCCGCUGCUCUCCUUCGCCGCUACCGACCCCACCCUCGCCGCCUCCCAGUACCCCUUCUUCCUCCGCGCCACCCACAGCGACCUCUUCCAGAUGGCCGCCCUCGCCGACCUCGUUGCCCACUUCGCCUGGCGCGAGCUCACCCUCAUCUACGUCGACAACGACUACGGCCGCGCCGCCCUCGACGCCCUCGGCGACCAGCUCGACGCCAAGCGCUCCAGGGUCUCCUACCGGGCCCCCUUCCCUCCCGGCGCCGACCGCACCACCAUCUCCGACCUGCUCCUGCGUGUCAGCAUGAUGGAGUCCCGGGUCAUCGUCGUCCACGCCAGCCCGGACUCCGGCCUCGACAUCUUCGCCGCCGCUCACUCGCUCGGCAUGAUGUCCAGCGGCUACGUCUGGCUCGCCACCGACUGGCUCACCGCGGUGCUCGACUCGUCCCCGCCGGGGAAGACCACGUCCAUUCUGCAGGGCGUCGUCACGCUCCGCCACUACACCCCGGACUCCGACGCCAAGAAGUCGCUCAUGUCCAGGUUCGCCGUGCGUCAGAACCAGAGCACCAGCAUGAACGCCUACGGCCUCUUCGCGUACGACGCCGUCUGGAUUGCGGCGCGCGCCAUCGACCAGCUCCUCGCCGACGGCUCCGACGUCACCUUCUCCGACGACGCGAGGCUGCGUGGUGACAACCAAACCGGGAGCACGCUGCGGCUGGGCGCCCUCAAGGUGUUCGACCAGGGCGAGCAGCUGCUGGGCAAGAUGACGCUCCUCAACUUCACCGGCGUGACCGGCCGCGUGCAGUUCGGCGACGACAGGAGCCUGAGAGACCCCGCCUACGAGGUCCUCAACGUGGGCGGCAGCGGAGUCCGGCGGGUCGGGUACUGGUCGAACCGCACGCGGCUGUCGGUGACGGCGCCCGGGCAGAGCAAGAAGAAGGAGCAGGAGCUGUACAGCGUUAUCUGGCCGGGCGAGACGGUGAAGACGCCGCGCGGGUGGGUGUUCCCGAACAACGGGAAGGCGCUGCGGAUCGGCGUGCCGUACCGGACGACGUACAAGCAGUUCGUGUCCAAGGACAGGGGGCCCGACGGCGCGAGCGGGUACUGCAUCGACGUGUUCAAGGCGGCGGUGGCGCUGCUGGCGUACCCGGUGCCGGUGACGUACGUGUUGGUGGGAGACGGGGUGAAGAACCCGAGCUACGGCGAGCUGGUGCAGAGGGUGGCGGAGGGGGAGCUGGACGCGGCGGUGGGGGACAUCUCGAUCGUGACGAACAGGACGCGGGUGGUGGACUUCACGCAGCCGUACGUGGAGUCCGGGCUGGUGAUCGUGACGGCGGUGAGGGAGAAGGCGUCGAGCGCGUGGGCGUUCCUGAAGCCGUUCACGGCGGAGAUGUGGGCGGUGACGGGAGGGUUCUUCCUGUUCGUGGGGGCGGUGGUGUGGGUGCUGGAGCACCGGACGAACACCGAGUUCAGGGGGUCGCCGCGGAAGCAGCUGGUGACGGUGUUCUGGUUCAGCUUCUCGACCAUGUUCUUCGCGCACCGGGAGAACACGGUCAGCACGCUGGGUCGCCUCGUGCUCAUCAUCUGGCUCUUCGUGGUGCUCAUCAUCAACUCCAGCUACACCGCCAGCCUCACGUCCAUCCUCACCGUGCAGCAGCUGUCCACCGGCAUCCAGGGCCUGGACGGCCUCAUCGCCAGCUCCGACCCCAUCGGCUUCCAGGUCGGCUCCUUCGCCCGGAGCUACCUCAUGCAGGAGCUGGGCGUGCCCGCCUCCCGCCUCCGCGAGCUCGCCAUCAGCGACUACGCCUCCAGCCUCCAGCUCGGCCCGCGCAACGGCGGCGUCGCGGCCAUCGUGGACGAGCUGCCCUACGUCCAGCUCUUCCUCUCCACCAACUGCCAGUUCAGGACGGUGGGGCAGGAGUUCACCAAGAGCGGAUGGGGAUUCGCGUUCCAGCGCGACUCCCCGCUGGCCGUAGACCUGUCGACGGCCAUCCUGACGCUGUCGGAGAACGGCGACCUGCAGAGGAUCCACGACAAGUGGCUGAGCCCGGGGCAGUGCGCGUCGCAGGGCAGCGACGUUGGCGCCGACCGCCUCAACCUCACCAGCUUCUGGGGCCUCUUCCUCAUCUGCGGCGUCGCCUGCUUCGUCGCGCUGCUCAUCUUCUUCUUCAGGACGCUCCGCCAGUACUUCCGUUACCACGACCACCCGCCGCUCCCGCUCCCGGUGGACGGCGGCAGCGGGCGGAUGAGCUCCCGGCGGCCCGCGCGGCUGGCCAGCAUCCGGGAGCUGAUGACGUUCGUGGACAUGAAGGAGGCGGAGGUGAAGCGGAGGAAGAAGAUGGGGCAAGACACCGGCAGGAGCAGCCGCCUCGACACCGCCGCUCCCUCCUUCUCCUCCUCGGUCUAACAAUUAAUUAAUUACUGGUAGAUACUAGCCCAACAUUAAUUUUUACUCUACUAACCAACAUCGAUCAAAUUAAGAUAAGCCUGUAACUGCAAUUUUAGGCAACUAACCAAUGUAGCCCAAUAUUAUAACAUCUUCACUUUGGAGUUUCACACUUCCAUCUGGAUCGCCAUCGGAUUACGUCAAUCCAUGAUAUAUUACUACCUA